CUAGGUCACUUAUAAUAGUAAUGGAGUGAGAGAGUGAGUGGAAACCAUCAAGCUUGAGCUUAGAUCCUCAAGAUGAAGUUACCAAAGAAGAUCAUGGCCCCUUGUUUCAUCUGUGGAGGGACAGAUCACAAUCCCUUAACUGAUGACAGGCACAGAAAGGUGCAAUUAAAGACCAUUAACAAAGUUGCAGUUGUAGAAGUUGAUGGUAAAGUUGUUAGCACCCCAACCAAGUUUACAUAUCAGCAAGACGACUUUGAAAGGAGACCAAAGACAGAUUACACUUAUUCAAGAACAGGGACUUAUACAGUAAAGCAUUUAAACAAAGGCUAUAUCAGUCCAAACAUGUCUCGCAGAGGAGUACUACAGAAAGGAAAACGUAACACAGCUGUAGCUAACUUGACUGAGCGUUUGACAGAGUUGGAUGAUGACAGAGAGUCAGGUAAUAAGAAUUUUAUAAGCCAAAUAAUCUUUUCAGACAGGACUGUUUUAGACAGGAAAUUGUGAUGUGAAAAGAACUGGAGUUUGACCCCAAAACAUCCUUUUUGAACAAUAAGUUUGAUGUUAGAUGUAAUUUUGUAUAAAUAUUUAGACAGAUGACUUGAGUGCCUUCUUUGAAAGGUCAUAUCAUUAAACUAUAGAGACUAAUCUCUGGGCUUGCCUGUAGGUAGUAAAAUGGAAAUUUCAAUGUUUUCAACUGAAUUACUGUCAGUUGACUAUGCUAGUUUGUGAAGUUGAUACAUUCUGUCACUCAUUUAUUCCUGUGUAUAUCAUUGCAUAAAAAUAACAUGACAACUCAACAGGUUUAGAUGUGAUAGAAUAUACAGUCCGACAUUUCAUUGAAAAUUUCUUAACAUUAUUUCAGUCAGUGCAUUAUUUAUUUUGAUGGACUUUUCUUUCUAAACAGAUGGCAUAGAAGUUAUGAAAAUUAUAUGAAAUGAAACUUCAAAAGCAUAAUACAAAUAUUUCUUCAAUGGUAAUUUGUGAUCAAACUGGAGAACAUCAAAUAUUAGUAAAAUUGUAGAAAUAAAAAUACUAGUGAAAAAUAUCAUGCUUAUGCUUCACAGCAUUUAGUCUCAUUUUGCUAGCAACCAUAGGAAUUUUAAUUCCUCUAAAAUAAAUGGCCCAUGUUUAAAGAGAUUUAUUGCUUGUCUGAAUUCUUAUGCAUGUGUACAUUUAAAAGAAAAGUAAGUCUGCUAGUUGCACAAAGGUGAGUGUCUUCAUUUGUUUGCAUGUAUUUAACAUACAGUUUAGGGACACAUGUACAAUAAAACAUUAGGUUUUCAUACUAGGUGUUUCUUGAUGGAAAUGGCAUGUGGCUGUGUAUAAACAUGAAUGAUAGCACAGAGAUAUGUGUCAGAUUGAAUGUUGUGACAUCCCCUGUUGAAUCCCAGUAUAUGUAACCAUGCAGAUUCAGAAUGGAUGCACACCUGUGAUGUAUUACUGAGUUGCUUGCAGCUGUGUUUUUUUCAUCAGUUCUAUAAGAUUGCAUUCAGAAUAGAAGAG